CCCUGUCAUACCUCCGUGUUAAUUCAGGUUGAUUCAAUCCAGUCUAAUCCAGUCCCAGAACCAGACCUUCCAUCAUUUACCUCAUUUCGAUUUCUCAGCGACCUGGAUAGACAGCAAAUCCAUAGCCACACCGUGUUGUGAAUAGCAAGCCGCUCCUGGGGAUUGUAUCCCCCGUAUCGAAAGCAACCCAACAAGUCAAUAGCGAAGAAGUCGCCGACUGCGACGCAGCAACCUUGCGCCAAGGCGGGGUGUUAAUUUCCACGCCAGAAUCUUCGCGAAUAAGAGAAACGAGAUCAGAGAAGGCAUCAAAGUGGCCAUGCCUCCUCCCUCGAGACGUCUUCUGAUCUUCCAGGAGGCGCGCAAUCCCCAAAAUUCAGCCGAGCUGGUGUACGUGCCUGUCAACAAACUGGGUCUGCCUAUUUGCGGCAGUGGACCGGAGUUGCCGUCCAUCUUGGAGCUGCCGUUGCGGAUCUUGAGGGCGUUUACGGAUAUCUUCAAUCAGCCGAAGUAUAAGGGAUGGGCGUUGGUAGGAGCCGGGCCAUAUCAUGACACUUCAGAGGAAGGGAAGUAUUAUGCGGUGGUGCUGGAGCAGGUGCAGGAUUUGGCGGUGGUUUAGCUAGUGAUGAUGCCGAUGAUGAUGUAUGGAUGGUAUGCUUUUUUCGUGUUGUAUGAUCAUGAUGAUGUGAUGCCUUUCACCCCCCCCUUCCUUUUUAUUUUUUUUUCUUUCGCUUCUUCCCUCUUGUUUUUUUUUUGAUGAACGUUACUCUAUACCCUGGUUUUGGAUGUGGGUGGCCUUUGUGUUACAUCAUUUUACAUUUCACUUGUAAUCAAGGAGGUCGUAUCGGAGGUCUCAUCCAUUUACUUUGAUUGUUACCUGUC